AUGGCACGAAAAGACGUUCCCCGGAAGCGACCCCGAAUCUAUGUUGCUGAGGACCGCAUGUGGGAAGCCAUCGCUGGACACGCGCCUGACUAUCGAAGAGUCCCGAGACUAGAGUGGAUGGCCUUGGUUGGCAUCGCAUCCACGAAGCAGCAGGGCAUUUUGCAAGGCGAUCUAGGCCGACUUGUGGGCCAAGACAAACGGUCGCUGCCUAAGAGAACUGACGCGCUCGCCGAUAAGGGGUACAUCUCGAAGCGUACGACUCUCGUCAGGGGCACCAAAACGAGCAAGAUGUGGUUGACGCGCUUCGCCCCAGCCCUUCCGACCAACCCGCUCAAAGCGGUCGCCAGUUUGCACACAACUGUGGAUAUGUCUCGGGAUGCCCUCGCACGCGAUUUGGAACCCGUCCCAUGGCGCAAUAGGUGGAACGGGGAUUCGGUCGACUACAUCUCUCUCGCUCAGACAAUCAUGGCUGUUGUCAAGGCGUUCGGAAUUAUCAGAUAUCACGACCUGCGCUGCAAGCUGGGCAUCCUAGGUUUGAGGUGGCAGAUGAAAGUUGCAGCAAAAACCUGUCGCUUCUUUGUUCAGACUGGUGCUAUUCAGUAUGUUGGUGCUACCUUGUCCGGCAAGCUCUUCAAGGACUGUCUCAAAUUCGACCAUGACCUUACGCAUGAGGAUUGGGCUGCCUAUCUUGCUACAGGCAAGCAGAAAAGCAUCUCCUUCUCAACCGCGGACUUGGGUGAUGCGGACAUUGGGUCUGGUCCGACAGACACAGCUGUGAAUGCCGACCCCUCAAACCCUGAACCUGCUCCCCGUCGCGACACUAACAAGCGCACCAAUUCACGGACCAACUGGUCGCCAGAUAAGCCCCUGAUUAUCACCGUCUUCGACAACAUCUCGGCUGCUGGCGCUGCGGGUCUUUCCAACAAGCAGAUAGGAGACUCUACACUGGGAUCGUCAUUUCGAAGGUACUUGUCCUCGAUUUCGUCGACAAUUUCUCUUCCAACACAGCAACCCAAGCAUCUUGGGCACUUCCAAGUGACGAGUGAGAUGCAUCGGAAGGGAAAGUCUCAGCAAUACCGCUACUUUGCACAGGGCUCGCAGCGGGCUGCUGAGCCGAUCGCUGUCGAGCAAACAGUUGAUGGCGAAGCCAACAGCCAUUCCAUGGCUGACGCUGUCCCUGGUGAUACUUUAGCAGAUUCUUUCACAGACCCAGCUCUUCUCCCCGAUACGGCCCGAGCCGCUGGCGGCUUGGCGGCCCUCGCCCAUGUUUCCGGCAGAGGGCUGAACGCCAUCUCGAAGAGAAGGGCUGAGGUCUUGGAACUCCCACAAGCCAAAGAAAGUCGAGGGAUGGGGCCUCGCUCUACAAAGCGGGCGAAGGUAUCAGAGCAGGUCGAGGAUGAAGCCAUGGACGACAGUGGCUUUUCGGGGAGGGUCGGCUCUGAGCCCGAAUCUGAACAAACCGUUAGACUUUCGACCAGACGCGGCACGAGAAAACGACUUGUCGAAAACGAACUGACAUCGCUGAUAGUCACCCUUAAGGUAGACCCCGCAGCAUUGUCAGAUUUCUUAAGAACCACAAAGACGAAAGCCGAAGUCAACGCCUUUUCUGAUACCAAGCAUGUCGACAAUACUAGAGAAACCAACAAAGCUACACACGCUACCUCUGAGGAAGCUACCCACUCGUCAACGCUCUCAGCGAAAGAUGCACCUCCAGAGAACCCCUCGAUCGAAGAAAGCACAGUUUCUACUGACGCCCUAGAUGUAGAAGAGUCGAUUAUGGUAGCUCCGGCAAUUUCGGGUGAAGAUGUGGACAUGGACGAUACCGAGGUUGUCAAUGAGGACCCCAUUGACGAGCCCCCUUUGAAGCGUGGAGGACGCCGCAAGAAGAAACAGGCGACAAAGUCUUCGAACCGCGGUCGCUCCAAGGUCUUCAAGUGCGACAAGUGUGGUGGGACGUGGAAAAACGACGUUGGCAUCAAAUACCACCUCGAGAAAUCGAAGACCACCUGCAACCCAAGCUAUCUCCCACCACUAUCUGGACCUCCUGAAGCUCUGUUCUCAACCGCCAAACGUUCCACUCCAGCUAAACGAGCAGUUGCUGUCCCUCGGCAAAUCCAGUCUCGCCACUCGAGGUCGUCAGCCAUCGCUGAAGCUCCAGAUGACGACAACCAGGAUAUAGAUCAAACACUAGAGGAUUCAAUAUUGACGGUUGACCCGGGAACAAGCACCGGCUCUCUCAGAAGCAGAAACAUGCGACGCUAUGGAGCAGGACAACCUAACGCAUCGUCAGAGAACAGACAGAGUGUGGGGAAGGGUAUGGUUAGACGACGAAGGAGCACCAACUCGGCCUCAUUUCUGAAGCCACCCGUGUCUUCAACCCAGUCGUCCAUGAGCGGGUUGAUUGAUAAUGCUGCUGGAGGAGUGAGAGACAUGCCAGCAGAACACACGCCCGUCCAGCCAGCCUUCAAGAGGUCACGAAUAGAGGAUACCCCAAACGCCGACGAAUUAGAUACCUCUCCGGAACGUCGUAGACAGGGCUUUGCCGGAAUGGAUGAGCCCGAACAACCGUCUCCAUCGAUGCCGAAGAAAAGUCGUGGUAGUUUUGGGCGGAGAGACUCAUCUUCAGGUCCUGCUAAACAACGCUUUGUGCGGAAUACCACUCGCAAUUCCAAGGCGGUAGAAUCCAGGGGAACACCUUCAUCAGGAACUGGCGGUUCUCAAAUAUCACAUACUGAAGCAUUGGGGGCUAGUCUUAAUGAUAACGGUGCUCUAUCAGAGCUCGAAAUCAUGGAGAGGGCCCUCCUGUACAUACUCCGUGCGAACGGCGGAGUCUUCGCCGGCGGGCAGUCACUAUGGUACGCUGUCAUUGCCACAUGGGAAGCUGCAUUUCCUUCGGAAGAAGCUCCUGAUCACCAACGUUACAAGGAUGCUCUGGCCAGAUUGGCCAAGAAGAAACAGGUAGUGGUCAGCACCCAUGCCUUCAAGGACUCACGAGGCAUGAUGGCAAACUACCAGUUAAUACGAAUUCCCGGAGUGGAUGCAUCGUCUCCAGCGGGUGUGGCCAUGAAAGCCAACAUUGUUGCCAAACACCCAAGAGUGUACACACCGCCCGCUUUCACGCCUAAAGCAGGGCUUCCCGCAGAGCACAAGCAUGACGCUCAGCCUGUAUUUUCCAGCCGUAGGAAAUUGGUACAGGGAAUCGAGGUUCUUGACGCUCCAUUCUAUGCCACCAAAGCUGCCAACGAAAGACCAGUCACCCCUCCUGAAGGCUUUCAGACCCCCAAAAAGCGCAGGAGAAGGAUGGUCACGAAGGAGCAGCUCACUCAUGCCGAGGACGAAGGUCCUGACGGCAAACGCAGGAAAGAUAUCUUCCGCAUAUUCAUGGACGGACGGGGUGGCCCGAGUGACGGGCCUUCGGCCUCGUCAGGAAACUGGAAUGGCGGCUUUACUCCUCGGCUUGUCUUCCUCCGCCCUAACACCUACUUGGGGCAAGAGAUACCAGAGGAUGUUCGGUCUGCAUUACGACCUGAUCUUCUAGAUCCAGAGCCGACGUAUCCCGCAACGUUGGUGGAAAGUGGCAUUGUCAACAACUAUAAUGUCACGUUCGCUGACGCCGAUGCGAUUGUGGGCGAGAAUGGCACCUGGCCAGCAUAUGACAACAGCUUCUUCGAGGUGGAAGAUCGCAGUCUGACGAUUGGUGGCUGGAUGCCGGACUCUCGAUGGUUUUUGAGACAGAACCUGCCGCAAAAUCUGGCCGAGAUGAUCAAGUGGCGCGGCCGGCCCAAGACCAGCUUCCCAAGCAGCAGCCAGUACUACGAGUUCACAGAACAGGUCGACGCAUGCUUCGAUUGGGAACUGUCUACCGAGGGAAUGAAGCUUCUUUUGGCCGAAUCAAUUGCUCCUGAUCAUGUCUUUAUUAACCACGGUGUUGGCGACCUUCCGGGUGAAUGGGAGAACCCGCCGCUUGAAUGGGAUCCUGCCAACCAGCUCAAUCCAUCUGCCCUAUUCGACAUACAAAUAUCAGAACAGGCGACGACUGCAACCGAUCAUCUCUGGGGCGGUGAACUUGGUCGUCAAAGAAGGCGGAAACGGCGACAGAACAAGCUCGCAACCGAACCAAAGGAGCUUGUCGUCGGUAUUGAUUUGAAGAUCAGAACGCUUAUACCUCUUCCCAGGGACAUGGAUCUGAGAGACGUAUCGAGACGCAAUGCUGGGCUUGAUGAGACAAACGAGACCAUCUUGAUAGCAGCAUUUGUUGUCACGAGAACACUUUUGGGUGGCGCCGAUCGAAUUAUCGAAUGGGGUCUAAUGAUGACUUUGUUUCCUGAUAUGGCACUCAGCGCUAUGCGACGAUUUUGGUCGAAGGCUCGAAAAGACCGAGGUACAUUCAUCAACCAGCUUACGGAACGAUUCCAGAUUCAGUUCAUCUCCGCAUACGAGAACAACGAGUUCCCACCCAUCAAUUUCGACGACUACAUUGGUUACGACUGGCCUCGCCUCAUCAAGUGGACAGCUGGUUUGAUCGAGGAUUCGCAGGAACUACCAGCCAGCAAGGCUGCUUUGGAGCGUGGUUACUCUCUUGGCUCGGCAUGGACGGAUGUUACCAACUGGCGCGACGACUACUACAACUUCCAGAUGUCCGUCUUCAACCGAUUCGAGGCGGCAACCUCACGUCCAGCGACGUCUCUCGUGGACAGGAACAACGAGUUGGUGUCGAAAGCAGACGCUGACGAUCUUGUCACAGCCAUGUCAUGGCUCCGCUCCCUUUGUUACACACACCGCGAUAGGUACGCGCCCCAGGAUAUCAGGAAAAAAAUGGCGAGCAUAGGGGGCGGAAACGAGGACCGCAUUCAAUCCUUGCUUGAGCAGGCAGUCGAGACCCUCCAGGGUCAAGGUGUGAUCACGGACAGCAAGCUCAAGGCACUCGAGGGCCGGCCGUACCGCCUUACAGAGACAUUCCUGCCAAGGUUCAUGAAGUGGACUCAUGCGGUCAAGUUCAUCGAUGCCGCCAGGUUCAAGUCUCAGCUUGACGGGAGCUUCCGGCGAGGCGAGAAGAUUCGAAUCCCGUACGUGUUAAAUGACGGUGAGGUCAUGGCUAUGAUGAACCUACAGGCCAGCGGGCGAGUCAUCGUUACCACAGUGGAUGUACCGAGCAUCCCUCUUGGGUUCGAUCCGGGCAACUACGAAAGCAGAAAGUACCCCAAGUCGUACUACAACUUUGGCCUAGAGAUCGCGCCCACAGAGACAUACAUUUACGACGAGGACCUGGACAUCCUCCGCCAGGCAAAGGGCGACAAGCCGCCGAGGGAGAACCACAACCGCGCGAUACCUCUGUGGUCAGAUUUCUUUGGAGAAAUGAACACAGACCGCUGGUCUCAGGUUCUCGGCGCGGUUGCGUUUGUUAUCGCAACACGGGGGCCUCUGGACGUUCCGUCCGUCUGCGCCGUGCUCAAGCCAUACCUACAGGAGUUUGAGGUGCAGAUGGUGUUCGACUGGGGAAAACGCAACGGGGUGUUAAAGCGAAUGGCCCAUGGGGCGAGUUGUACAGUCGACGAGUGGUGGUGGUUGCUGAUCGGAAGGCAGCGAGCCAGUGCUGUAUAG